UUCCCUGUGGACAAGGCUGCGAGGAGCUAGAGGAACCCUAGCAGCCAGCAGAGGUCACGAUGCGCUGACGAUGCUGGGAAACUGGUGAUGUGAUGCGAUGCUGGCUGGCAGAGAUCUGCCAUGCUCUCUCUGGCUGUUGACUCGUCUCUUGUCUGCUUCGCCCCUCCGCGAGAAGCAUGCCGGCACCGAGUGCUUCUGUUGGCCGUACUCGUACAUGGCACCGGCGAUCUGAUAGCUUCAGCAAAUCAAAUCACAAGCUGCCGGCCUCAAUUCUGCACUCGUGCGUGCUUUUUCUCUUUCUCCUCUUCUCUUCGCUGUCACGGAUUCGACAUGGGGGACUGAAGAGCCAGGGUCCAGUGAUUGGCCUCAAAGCGGGGGUGCGAGACAAAAUGGAAUCAAGCUUAGAAAAGUCGAGUGUUGAUUACAGCGCAGUUGCUGUUGCCAGCUGGACUCGCUGAGUUGGCAACACCUGCAGCGUGUGUACAGGGUACAUGCAAAUGCACAAAUCCAAUGAGUGCAAACUGACUCAUUCGUGCACGUCGCUGUGCAUCUGUGCAUUGAG